AUUUGCAGAGUGAAACAGACUUCAGAUUGAAAAAAUUCUGGAAGAGACCUUUAAACAGUAGCAUGACCAAAUUCUUCAAAAACGGCAUUUUGUGGAGAUGUGAACCGGUAUACCGUAACUAUGCAACCAGCUUCACUGAAAUAUUCGAUAUCGCUAUCUGUGAGUAUUUUUCUGGUUUCACAAAGUAAUUCUUUCUACUUUUAAAUGGAUAUGCAGUUUCAUCGAAUACGGUAGUGUUCACACAUACGCUAUCCGGGAAUUGAAAUCUCCCGAAGAAUCGGUCACAUGAUCAGUUCUUUUUACGCAUAUUACCCGAUCAAGGAAAGUGAAAAGAUCGUUGGAUAUCUUGCCGUGUUUGGUUAGACAGAAUGUAUUGAUAAUGAAAGAUGAAGAAGGAUGAAAUUGCAAUGGUUAAAGCUUGGUCUUUUGAUAGUAUUUAUUAUUUCCAUCGUUUAUUUGUAUCCACGAUGGAGAAUAUUGAAUGACAUGUUGAUUUUUGAACGAGUUUUUCAUACAACAAAACUGGAUCGUACAUCACUAUCACCACCACUAAUACUUGCAUGGACAAGAUUUUUCAGUCAUCCCUGGGCUCAGCGUAUUAAACACGAUGUCAGCAAUUGUGGUUAUAACUGUACAAUUACUGAUGAUAAGGAGCAACUCUCAGAAGCUGUAGCCGUAUUAUUUCACAUCCGAGAUUUGGAAGUAUUACCUCAGUCAAGGAAUCCGAAGCAGUUGUUUGUAUUUGUGCUGCAUGAAUCACCUCUAUAUACGUUUAAUUACUUGGACCUGGUAGCAGAUGAUUAUUUCAACAUAACGAUGACAUAUAGACAUGACAGCGAUAUUUACAUACCGUAUGGUAUGAUGAAAAAAAUAACCAAUAUCACACCGUCGGAGCAAAUUUGGAAUUGGAGUGAAGUGGUGAAAAUAGCCAGCGCGAAAGUACGACCUGUCUUACAGUUGGUUUCAAAUUGUCAGACUCGAUCGAAACGUGAAUUUUAUGUGGAAGAGCUUCGAACAUACAUACCUAUCACGCAACAUGGACGAUGCAACAACAGUACUUGUGAUGAAGAAUGCGAAGUGAAAGAAGCUGCACAGCACCGUUUCUAUUUGGCAUUCGAGAAUAGCAUAUGCCGUGAUUAUAUCACUGAGAAACUAUUCAAAUGUUUGGUCAGGUUGCUAGUACCAAUAGUGCUGAAAAAGUCCAUCUAUGAAGGAAUUUUACCGCCUAGAUCAUUCAUUGCUGCAGAUGACUUCACAUCUCCACGUGAACUAGCAGAAUAUCUGCAAUAUUUAUCAAAUAAUAGCACGGCCUAUCUGAGUUAUUUUGAAUGGACGAGACAUUAUCAGAAAACUUUCGGCGUAAGCAGUUACUGUGAAUUAUGCAAAUAUCUUCAUCGUGGCAUUGCUAGGCCUCGAAUAAUUCCGAAUAUCAAAAAGUGGUGGUUCCAAGGAUGUAUUCAGGAUUAUGCGGUCGAUUUACUGAAAAGGGCUAAGAUUAUGGGGUUAAUUUUCUGA